UGUUAGGCGGGAGCGCUCUCAACUCUCAUUGGCUCGGAUGAGUCACUCCACAACUCAGGGAACAAGGCCCUCAGUGCUUAGCCUCUCUGAUCCCAGCUGUGAUGCCUAUGUUAUAUGGAGUCUACUGGGAACUGGAAUGGAAACAUCACAUACAUUUCACGUAGACCAGCCUCUAAGUUACUAAGCUCAACAAUUGGGUCAAGCUGGCUUCCCGGAUUUGAAGAUAGGUCUUCCGUUCCCUACACUGAAGCUUUAAUUUAUGAAGUGUUCAACAUGCAUCUUAGAUGCCUUUCAUGAUUCCUCAUUGGUGCUUUUACUUCUGGAAAUGAUGUUUGAGGCAAAGAUUUCCCUUUCAGAGGUGAUGGCCGCCCUCUUUACUAUGACAUUCAUUUUAAUUUCUGUAAGAAUAAUAAGUAAUAUGACCAAAAAGAAUCCUUGGCCAUUACCAAUUGUGGGGAACCUGCUUCAGCUUGGAGAGCAUCCUCACCUUUCAUUUAUCCAAAUGAGGAAAAAUUAUGGGGAUGUGUUUCUCCUAAAGCUAGGGAUGGUACCGGUUGUGGUGGUGAAUGGUCUAGAUACAGUGAAACAAGUAUUACUCAGAGAUGCAGAGAGUUUUGCUGGCAGGCCCAAGAUGCACACCUUUUCUUUCUUUGCUGAUGGAAAAAGUCUGUCAUUUUCUGUAGAAUAUGGAGAGAGCUGGAAACUCCACAAGAAAAUUGCCAGUAAAGCUUUAAGAUCCUUUUCAAAGUCAGAAGCCAAAACUUCUACUUGCUCUUGUCGUCUGGAAGAGCACGUAUGUGCAGAAGCUUCAGCACUGGUGAAAAUGUUCUUGGAGCUCUCCUUAGAGAAAGGUGCCUUUGACCCCACUGGUAUUACCACCUGCACUGUUGCAAAUGUUGUCUGUGCCCUGUGCUUUGGCAAAAGAUAUGAAUAUAAUGAUGAAGAGUUUCUUAGCAUGAUUAGGAUCAAUGCAGAUUUUCUAAAAGCCACAAGUGUUGUCAACCCAGCUGAUUUUAUACCCUGGUUUCGUUACCUUCCAAUCCCUGCUGUGAAGGCUGCCCAUGGGUUUUAUGAGAUCUUAAAUAACUUCAUCGCACAACGAGUAGAAGAACAUUAUACCACAUAUGGUAAGAAUCAUCUCAGAGACUUUACUGAUGCUCUAAUAAGUAUAAGCAAUGACAAGUGAAGUGAUGAAAAAGCUCCACUCUUAUCUAAUGAUAAAAUAAUAAGUACCGUGAAUGACAUUUUUGGAGCUGGAUUUGAUACAGUAGCAACAUGUCUAUUUUGGAUCUUCCUAUAUUUGGUAAACAACCCAGACAUUCAGACAAAAAUUCAAGAAGAAAUUGAUGGAAAGAUUGGACUCAGGUCACCAAGAUUUGACUACAGGAAAGAUUUACAUUAUACAGAGGCUUUCAUAAGUGAAAUCUUAAGGCACACUUCAUUUAUACCACUUACCAUUCCUCACCGUGCAACGAAAGAAACCAUUCUCAAUGGGUACCUCAUUCCCCAAGACACCUGUAUCUUUGUUAAUAUGUAUCAAGUAAAUCAUGAUGAAACAUUAUGGGAAAAUGCUGAUUUGUUUAGACCGGAGAGAUUUCUGAAUGAAAACAUUGAACUCAACAAAAGCCUCAUUGAGAAAGUUUUGGUUUUUGGAAUGGGAAUAAGAAAGUGUUUGGGAGAAGACAUAGCUCGUAAUGAGAUUUUUAUUAUUCUCACCACCAUUUUGCAACAGCUGAAGCUUGAGAAAUGCCUUCAAGACCAGCUAGAUCUGACCCCAGUGUAUGGAUUAUCCAUGAAACCUAAACCAUACCAAAUUCAAGUGGCACUGCGCACGUGAACAAUGCAUUUGGAGAAGCUGCACUUCAAAACAUAAUUAUCACUCAGUAAAUUAGUGUAGGGAAAUCUAUUAUCCAUAGUGUAGGUUAUCCAUUACCUAAGCUACUGGAGUGCAUCUUUUAAUGAAAGAGGUAUAACAAUAAACAAUCUCUUAAAUCACCUUCUCUCUGAUUGUACUAAUCAGUUAACUGCAGGUUAUGUUAUUGUUAACUCUUUGAAUAAGUUGAGUUAAUUUUUGUUUGUAACUGACUAUUUUAAUGCACCUCUUCUCACUGAUUUCCUAAAAUAAAAAGUUUAAAAAUGC